UCAGAAGACAGCAUCUGUCAAAGCCCACAUUUAAACUGCUGCCUGCCCGUGCAGCAGCUGAGGAACCAUGGAUUUCAUUUUAUAGAGCAAAACCUCAGUAAAACUGCUCAAAAUCCUUCCUGCAGCUGCUUGGCAACAAUGAAAGAAGAGAGGUAAAUCCUAUUAUUUUUCAAUACAAUCGGACCAGUACAUUCUAGCUGUAGCUGCUUCACAUUGCAGCUCAGCACUAAAAAAUAUGGAUACUGAGAAGAGAAUACAGCACUGCAUUGUCCGACAAGGAAAAUACGAGAUGUAAAAAGCUUCAAUGCAUCAAUUGUGGGGGGUAGACAAAAGUGCUCUGGACAACUUAAGCUCUUUUGUUUAAAAUUUAAAAGGAAAAAGAAAAAAACAAACACCUCAGAAGACCAACACACAUAUGAACAAGGAAGGUAACUCGGAGACAAGCAGACAGAUGGACAGAUUGGAUCCUGUGAAAAGCAAUCGCAGGAAGCAGACUGUUGGGGGAUGUGCGCAUGUUCGAUAGCAUCUUUUUUGCUGAAGUGAUGGCGUGCCAAAAGUAUUUUCAGUGAGCAUAAUCCUUUCACCAUAAAUGGCUUGACCAAGGAAGAGUGACUUAAGAGGAAAGCCCUUAAGAUCGGACAUAAUUUUAAAAAAUGAUUACCAAAGAAUAGCACUGGUUCAGAAGAGAGACCAUCAUUUUGUUCUACCAUUAUCCCAUAUCCCACUAUUGGAUAUUUACAACAUGCUUCAGUGGAGGAGACGACAUUGCUGCUUUGCAAAGAUGACCUGGAAUGCGAAGAGGUCUUUGUUUCGUACCCAUCUCAUUGGUCUACUCUCUCUUGUCUUUCUUUUUGCUAUGUUUCUUUUUUUUAAUCAUCAUGAUUGGCUGCCAGGCAGAGCUGGCUUCAAAGAAAAUCCUGUAACCUACACUAUACGGGGAUUUCGAUCUACAAAGGGCGAGACAAACCACAGCUCCCUAAGGAACAUUUGGAAGGAUACAGUCCCUCAAACUCUAAGGCCUCAAACAGCUACUAAUGCCAACAACACAGACUUGUCACCACAAGGAGUAACUGGCCUAGAGAAUACACUCAGUGCCAAUGGAAGUAUUUACAAUGAAAGAGGUACUGGACAUCCAAAUCUGUAUCAUUUCAAGUAUAUCAUAAAUGAACCUGAAAAAUGCCAAGAGAAAAGCCCUUUUCUAAUACUACUUAUUGCUGCAGAACCUGGACAAGUAGAAGCAAGACGAGCUAUUCGACAAACUUGGGGAAAUGAAAGCCUGGCACCUGGAAUUCAAAUAGCUCGCAUUUUUUUAUUGGGCUUAAAUGUUAAACUGAAUGGCCACCUUCAGCGGGCCAUACUGGAAGAAAGCAGACAAUACCAUGAUAUUAUUCAGCAGGAAUACUUAGAUACUUACUACAAUUUGACAAUUAAGACACUAAUGGGCAUGAACUGGGUUGCAACCUACUGUCCACAUAUUCCUUAUGUUAUGAAAACUGAUAGUGAUAUGUUUGUCAAUACUGAAUAUUUAAUACACAAGCUAUUAAAGCCAGACAUGCCUCCUAGGCAUAACUAUUUCACAGGUUACCUAAUGAGAGGGUAUGCUCCCAAUCGGAACAAAGACAGCAAAUGGUAUAUGCCACCAGAUCUUUACCCAAGUGAGCGUUACCCUGUGUUCUGUUCUGGAACUGGUUAUGUUUUUUCUGGAGAUUUAGCAGAAAAGAUCUUUAAAGUUUCUUUAAGCAUCAGACGUUUGCAUUUAGAAGACGUAUAUGUGGGGAUCUGUCUUGCCAAGUUGAGAAUUGACCCUGUUCCCCCACCCAAUGAAUUUGUCUUCAAUCACUGGAGAGUUUCUUACUCAAGCUGUAAAUACAGUCACCUAAUUACCUCUCAUCAGUUCCAGCCUAGUGAACUGAUAAAAUACUGGAACCACUUACAACAAAAUAAGCACAAUGCCUGUGCCAAUGCAGCAAAAGAAAAGGCAGGCAGGUAUCGUCAUCGUAAACUGCACUAGAAAAGACAAUUUGUAUCCCAUGUGCAAUCUGUAAAUAUUGCGGAAAGCAUGUAGAGUAAAAACUGAUGAGCUUCAUGGGGCAGUUUUUAGUUAAUUCCCAUCACAGGAUGGAAUUAAAAAUAUUUUUUUAAUUUCUGAAGAGUUUAAUUCUUAAGACAAAAAUAAGAAAAAAAAACCCUAAAAGGUAUCCUAACAGAAUCUGUGAAACAAACUGUAUAAAAUCCUCCUGUGUGCUAAUAUGCAGUAAUAAGCAGGCACACUUCAGCGGUACGAUUUCUAGUUUAUGUGCCAAUAAAAAAUAAUCGACUAUUUUCCACACAAAGUUUAGAGAGAUGAAGAUUGAGUCACAGAAACCAACUUCAUUUCUCAGCUUUCUGUUAUAAAGAAUUACUGUAAAUAAAAACAUACACAACCUGUUUUAAGAAAACUUAAAACUGUACAAAAGAAAAAUGUUUCUUUGGUCUACUACCCUAAAGUAUUUUUGUAGCUAUAUUCCAUGAAAUAAAACUUAACUGAAUUAUCCCAUAAAACAUUUACAAAGAUCAAAAGUUUUACAACACAGGUCUUAUUCAAGUUGCUUUUUUAAACUACUGAAAUAAUCAUUUUUAAUUUAACAUUGCUCAUAAAAACCAGAGAAGUAUUGUUCUGAUAUGACAUGUGAAAGAAUGUGACCAUCAGUGUGUCUCAGGCUAGAGUUUAAAAACAAAGUCACUAAACAGCACCAUGUGCACAAAUUCUAUUUCCUUCUGUGUCGUAUCAUUACUAACAGUAUUCUUUUCUUAACUAAUUCAACUAGAUCUGCUUACUGCACUCUCCUAAAGAGUGCAAUCUUUUAAAAGCAAAUGUAUUUGAUUUGAAAAGAUUUAUCAUGUUCCUUUAAAUGAAAGAAAAGUAGGAAGAACAAUGGGGAUAUAUUAUUAAAAGGAUUAAGAGUGCAGAAGCAGUUUCAUUCAAUACAUUUUAAAGAUGCAUGUCUGCCAAAGUGCAGCAUAUGGGAAGCUCAUUUCCUGACAGCAGGUGUGCACAUGCUGAUACUUAAUCAUUUCAUGGCACUAUUUCUGUUGUCAGAGUGCCAAGUUUACAACCCUACAACUUUGAUUUUGUGGAUGACAUUCUGCAUCCUCAAAUAAGACCUUUUUGGGGGUGGGGGAUCUGUACGAAUGUUUGAUGAACAUUUGAUUCUAGUACUAAAAAAUGUGUAUGAUGCACUUUUAUCAAAGAUUUUAAUAAAAAAGGGUCAACAAGAAACCCAAAAAUCUUUGCUGAAUUUCGUGAGUACAAUGAAUUCAUAUUUCACAUCCUUUUGUCACCAAUUUGAAAAUGAAAAGAAACAAAGUUAUUGUCAUGACAAUAUCUAGUUGCUUCCAAAUCAAUUCUGGUAUACAAAUAUAUCAAUUUUCAUUUAAAAUUGAUGCCACUUUUCUGUUACUUUAACUGUUUCUUAGACAAAUCAUGUGAAAGGAAUUUUGAUACUUAAAAGUUGCAUUAGAAACUUUUUAAAAAAAUAUUUCCUAUCUGGUCUUUGCUCAAAAUCCAUGGACCCUCUUUUUUUCAGAUUAAUCAUAUGUUUAGUAUAUUCUACAGAAUGAUCAACACACAUUUAAUCCUGAUUCAGGCUUACUUCUUAUUUGUUUCAUUUAGAAGAUGUGAUUAAAACAACAAAUACUGUAAGACAACACCAACACUUUAUGUCAAACAAGUAAACUUGAUCAAAGGCAAAUUCAAGAACUUUCCUCAGAAUAUCAUAAAUCCAUACAUCAUCACUGAAUAACAUUUUACUAUUCAUUCAAAUUGUUAUUACAAGCAGAAAACCUGCAUCUACCUUGAUGUCUGGAAAACUGACCCCUCCCCCCCCCCUCUCUCUCUCACACACACACACACAUACACACACACACACACACACACACACACACAAACAAACACACACGACCUGUUCAGGUAAAAAUUUCAAAUCAUUCCAAUUUUAAUCAUUGAAAAAAAGGCCGAGAUCUUAUGCCUUUGAAGAGUUCAAGAAUUUUCAAAUGAGCAAAUUGUAACUUAGUAAGUUUCUAGGAAGUCAUCUAUUUAGAGGGGUUAAUUUUUUAAACUGACUUUUUUUCCUUAUUCUAUAAUAAGUAUUUUAUUUGGUGAAAAUAAUGAACUUUCUUCCCAAAACUGUAUCUCUGGUAAAAUAUAUUUCCACUCAAAUUCCAUAAAUUAGUACAAUAAUGUUACAUGUGUAUACUUAAUAUUUCAAAAAUCUGUGAUUUCACUGGUGUCAAUUCCCUUCACUGAUACAGAUCAAAAAUGCCUUAAAGCCUUAAAAUCAAAAGAUGUCUGUAAGUUCCAGGGGUUAAAACAAAAACAUUAUCAUAUAUGGUGAUCAACCUUUGGAACAAUUAACUAAAGACAGGGUGGAUAGUGAGCAACCAAUUACUAUAAACUGAAAAAGACAAGUUAUAGUUGAUGCUUUAUUUUGGGGGCAAUGUAUACUAGAAAAUAGAUGUUUAAUAAAUAUUUGUUGAAUUCAA